AUGGAGGUGACCACCGUGUCCCCCCCUGCCAAUUCACCCACUGAUAGACACGAUCUAUGUGAGACAGAUGCCAGCGAUGUGGCCAUACACAGUGUGACACUGCUCAUCUGCCUCUGUGGGCUGCCUGGGAACGGGGCUGUCAUCUGGGUCCUCGGGUUCUGCAUUCAGAGGGACACCAUGAAACCCAUCACUGCCUACAACCUUGACCCGGCCAUCAUCAACUUCCUCUUCCUCAUCUUCAUGGUCCCCUCCGCUCUGUUCUUCCUUCUGGAGGAUUUCUCCUGCUCUGCCAUCAUGUCCCCAGCAUACAUUCGCUUCCUUUUCCUCCUCUUCCGGAUGUUCUACAGCGUCGGGCUGUACCGGCUGACAGCCAUCAGCAUCGAGAGGUGCAGGUCCGUGCUCUGCCCACGUGGGCUCUUCUGCCACCUUCCCCAGGACCUGUCAUGGGUGGUGGUGAGUGCCGGGCUCUGGGCCCUUUCCAUCACUGUCAUUGCUGCCAUUUCUGCAGUGACUUCCCUGUGCGAGUCACAGGAAGGCAAGCUCUGCCGGGGGGCUCUCAUCUCCCUGUACAUCCUCAACUUCCUCGUCUUUGCUCCAUCCGUGGUUAUUUCCAGCACAAUCCUCUUCAUUCAUUUCAAGGGAAGCUCCCAGCAGCAGCGAUCCAAGAAGCUUGACAUCAUUGUCUUCCUCGCUGUGCUCCUCACUCUCCCCCUCAGUCUCUGGAAUUUCCUGCAGCAGCUCGGCUACACCGCUGUGUUCCCCCGGCUUCUUCUCCUCUUUGCCUGCAUGCACAGCAGCAUCAACCCCUUCAUCUACAUCUCAGUAACAAAGUGCUGGAGGCGCUGCUCCAUGGAGUCCCUCAGGGAGUGCCUGCAGGAGGUCUUUGAGGAGCCAGAAGAAAGCACUGCCCCCAGUAAUGAUGCCACCAGGGACUCAGUGAUCUGAGUCUGCUGAGCCCUUCAACUGCCCCCAUGCAGGAGCAUGGGGCAGUGAUUUAGCAUCACCCUCCACCUUUAUUCCUGCAGGAGAAGGGAGCAGGGGCACUGACAAGGGCCAUGUGGGACAGUGCUCCGCACAGAGCACAUUGGAGCAGGGCUGUGCUCCUCCCUCAUGGGUCCUAGAGCGCUGUUCCCCAAACGGAUCCUUCCCAACAGGGCUGUGAUCCCAGAAUUCCCCCUGGCACCUGGUUCCUGCAUCCCACUGAGAUCUGAUAUCAAUAAACAGCACUGUAAACCCUGAGCCACCUUUGCCCCCUCUGCCAGCGCCUCCCAGCUUCCUCUGGCUGCUGCUGCCAGCCGGGAAUGUGGCUGGAGGGAGGGGACAGAGAGGUAGUUAGCCACAGGAAUGUUGUGAUUGUUUAGAAAUUUCAUAAUGAACUAUGUUUGAUUAGUCAAGGCAUAUUUGCCUGUGGUUUUUUAGCUGGUUUUGAUUUAGAUCUGUGUUGGCUGAGUGUCAGUAAAAAACUCU